AUGGCCAAGCGCCAGGCCUCAGAGGCUCUCGACGAUCUCAUUGGCGUUGCCUCGCCAGCUUCCAAAAGAUCUCGACUGGACGAUAUUGACUCGCCUAGAGAGACCGGCACUUUGAAUGACUUUGGGGAUGAGACAAACACCAACGGAAACGCACAAGAAGAUGACGACGACGAUUUCGACGACCUAGAACCCGCUGUCGCCGCACCCAUACGACAAUCAGCUCCAACAGACGGUUACGAUGACUUGUACCUCGAUACUAUCGAUCGCAACGUACUCGACUUUGACUUUGAGAAGCUCUGCUCCGUAUCUCUCUCCAAUAUCAACGUCUACGCCUGUUUAGUCUGCGGAAAAUACUUCCAGGGUCGCGGUCCCAAGUCACACGCAUACUUCCACUCACUCGACGAGGAUCACCACGUCUACAUCAACCUCGAAACUCAGUGCGUUUAUGUCCUUCCCGAGGGCUACGAGGUCAAGAGUCGCGCGCUCGAUGAUAUCAAAUAUGUGUCGGAUCCGCGAUACACUAAGAAGGAGGUUAUUGAAAUGGAUCGCUUGCGCCGCACAAGCUACACCCUGGACGGAAAGGAGUAUAUCCCUGGUUUUGUGGGAAUGAACAAUAUCAAAGACAACGAUUACCUCAACGUCGUGGUACAGGCCCUUGCGCAUGUAGCCCCUCUGCGGAACUUUCUUCUUCUCGAGGACUUUUCCAAUAAGACAGAGCUUGUCAAGCGAUGCAGUAUUCUCGUUCGCAAAAUCUGGAAUCCCAGGGCUUUCAAGGCCCACGUCUCUCCACACGAGCUUCUUCAGGAGAUCUCACUUCGUUCGAACAAGCGCUUCACUCUCACGGCGCAAUCAGAUCCUGUCGACUUUUUGUCCUGGUUCCUGAACAACCUUCAUCUCGGUCUCGGUGGCAGCAAGACGAAGCCAGGCAGUUCCAUGAUCCAGCGUACGUUCCAAGGCAAGAUGAAGGUCGAGUCACAGGCCAUCACUGCGCGCGCCGACGCUACUGAUCGACUACGGUUCGAGGAUGCCGAUGUAAAGGUUGACAUUGUGCGCUUCCUUCUUCUAACGCUUGACCUUCCUUCGGCGCCCCUUUUCCAGGACGAGCUUGAGAAGAACAUCAUCCCCCAAGUUCCUCUAACAAGCAUCCUCACAAAAUAUGACGGUCAGAAGGCUCAAGAACACCACGCUCAGCGCAAGCGCUACAGGCUCAUGCAUCCUCUCCCCCCCUAUCUUGCAUUCCACGUCAAGCGUUUCUCUCAGAACAAGUUUGUCUCUGAGCGCAACCCCACAAUCGUCACUUUCGACGCACGCAGCCUCGAUAUGUCGCCCUAUGUCGAACCAAACCCCAAGGAGUGGCCUCCGGGUGAGCCUAUCUGGUACGAUCUGGUUGCGAAUGUCAUCCACGAGGCCGUGCGGGUACGGGAAGACGUUGUUGAUAGUGGCGAGGAGCGCAAGACCUGGAAAGUCCAGCUGAGGAACAAGGCAACAGGCGAAUGGGUCGUCUGUCAGGAUCUGUAUGUUGACAAGGUGCAAAGCGAGCUUUUGUAUCUCGGUGAAGCAUACCUGCAAAUUUGGGAGCGUAGAAGGGAGAUAAAGGGCAAGGGCAAGGCUUCAUGA